AUGCGCAGGAUUCCAGUGGCGGUUUGGAGGGCGAUUGCUGUGCUGCGCGCCGUGCUGCCACGGGGGAGCUGGUGGGACCUGCAGCAGCUGGCUGGGGGGAAAGCAGCACGCGGAAAAGGGGCUAGUGGGGAUAGCAGCAGCAGUGGGGAUAGCAGUGGGAAAGGGAGUGGGGGUGGGGAUUCCCCGGGUGAGCUGUGGGACGCCAUUCGCAAGCUCUGGCGGUUCUGCGCGCCCAACAGGACCAUGCUCGUCCUCGCCUCGCUCUGCCUCGCCCUCGCCGCCCUGUCGGAGGUGACCAUCCCGCACUUCCUGGCGGCCACCAUAUUCGCCGCGUCCAACGGGCUCAAACCCCAGUUCGACCGCAACGUGCACCUCCUCAUCACCAUGACUCUCGCCUGCGGACUCUUCAGUGGGCUGAGGGCCGCUUCUUUCACCAUCCUCAACCUGCAAAUGGUGCGGCGAAUGCGGCUGGCACUAUACGAGACGCUGAUCCGGCAGGACAUUGCCUUCUUUGACGGCCAAUCAGUGGGCGACCUCACGUCCCGCCUCGGCUCCGACUGCCAGGCUGCCGGGCACACUGUGGCCAUUGAUCUCAACAUCAUGCUGCGCAAUGCCUUGCAGGUUAUGCAGUGCGGAUCAAUGGAUCAUUCCAUGCACACCGCACGCUCAUUCACUGCACCGCACGCUCAUACACUGCACCGCACACACAUGCGCUGCACCGCACACUCAUACGCUGCACCGCACGCUCAUAUGCUGCACCCCACGCUCAUACGCUGCCAUGCCCGCUCAUACGCUGCAUCGCCCGCUCAUAUGCUGCACCGCCCGCUCAUACGCUGCACCGCCCGCUCAUACGCUGCACCGCCGGCCCAUACGCUGCACCGCACGCUCAUAUGGUGCACCGCCCGCUCAUACGCUGCACCGCCCGCUCAUACGCUGUACCGCCCGCUCAUACGCUGCACCGCAUGCUCAUACGCUGCACCGCACGCUCAUGCGCUGCACCGCACGCUCAUACGCUGCACCGCCCGCUCAUACGCUGCACCACCUGCUCAUACGCUGCACCGCCCGCUCAUACGCUGCACCGCACGCUCAUACGCUGCACCGCACGCUCAUACGCUGCACCGCACGCUCAUACGCUGCACCGCCCGCUCAUACGCUGCAAAGCCCACUCAUACGCUUCACUGCACGCUCAUACGCUGCACCGCACACUCAUACGCUGCACCGCCCGCUCAUAUGCUGCACCGCCCGCUCAUAUGCUGCACCGCCCGCUCAUACGCUGCACCGCCCGCUCAUGCGCUGCACCGCCCGCUCAUACGCUGCACCCCACGCUCAUAUGCUGCAGUGCCCGCUUAUACGCUGCCCCGCCCGCUCAUACGCUGCCCCGCCCGCUCAUACGCUGCACCGCUCGCUCAUACGCUGCAUCGCACGCUUAUACGCUGCACCGCCCGCUCGUAA